AUGGACGGUAGGCCCAGCACCGACCACCCCGACUCGAAAUCGUUACAUGACAACCAUGACGAGGAGCGUGUCCACGGGUACAGCAUCCGUGCCCAGCUCGAGGGCUGGCACGCCAACCGCGGGUCCAAGUCUAUUGCCCGUGCAAUGAUUCCUCCCUGGUGUCCCGAGAAGGACCAGCCGACCGAGCUCAACCCCUUCAAGUUCCUGCGCCAGCUCACCUGGCUCAACUGGGCCAUGUUCUUUUGCGGAUGGUGGGCCUGGACGUGUGACGGGUUCGAUUACUUUGCUGUGUCGGUCACGUUGACCGAGAUGGGUAAAGAGUUUGGCAAGACGGACGCGCAGAUGAGUUUCGCCAUUACGCUCACUCUUCUUUUCCGUUCGCUUGGCGCUUUGAUCUUUGGUGUCCUUGCCGACCGCUUCGGACGCAAGUGGACACUCGUGGCCAACAUGCUCAUCAUCGCCGUGUUCCAACUCGGCUCGGGCUUUGUGACGAAUUAUCAACAAUUCCUCGGAGUUCGCGCCAUCUUCGGUAUUGCCAUGGGCGGAGUUUGGGGCCAGGCAGCCGCCACAUCUCUCGAAAACGUCCCCGCCGCCUCUCGUGGUUUCUUCUCUGGCGUCGUCCAACAGGGUUAUACAAUCGGAUACCUUUUAGCCGCGGUCAUCAACAUGACUGUUGGAUCCUACAGCCGGCCGGGGUGGCGUUCUCUCUACUUUAUCGGCGCGGGCUUCUCGGUCGCCUCGGCUCUUUUCAGGAUGUGUCUUCCCGAGUCGGCCCAAUUCAUUCGCGCACGUCAACAGCAACAAGACUCAGGAGUCCAGCUCAGUGGCCGUGACGCCGCCCGCCACUUCUUCCGUGAAGUCGGUCACAUGCUGCGCUCCAACUGGAUCCGUUGCAUUUGGGCUAUCUGCAUCAUGACUGGAAUGAACUUUUUCUCGCACGGUUCCCAGGAUCUCUACCCCACCUACCUCACCAAGACUAAGGGCCUCAGCAAACAUAAUGAGAGUGUGGCAGUUAUCAUCUCAAACUGUGGCGCUAUUGUUGGCGGCUUAUUUGGCGGAUACAUCUCGCAGAUCAUCGGCCGUCGCUGGACAAUCAUCGGCCUGUGUCUCUGGACAGCCUGUUGGAUCCCCCUCUGGAUCAUUCCCAAGAGCUUUGGUGGUCUCGCUGCCGGCGGUUUCUUCGUCCAGUCCGGCGUCCAGGGCGCUUGGGGUGUCAUUCCCAUCUACCUGUCGGAAGUAUCGCCGCCGGCCUUCCGUGCAUCCUUCGCUGGUCUCGCUUACCAGCUCGGUAACAUGGCGUCUUCGGCGGCAGCCCAGAUCGAGGCGGAUGCCGGCCAGACCCUCCGCACCGUCAUCAACGGCCAGAACCUCCCGGACUACGCUACCAUCUUUGGGAUCCUCCUCGGCGUCAUUAUUGGUUGGCUCAUCAUCUGGACCUUCCUCGGUCCAGACGCUGACGGAGCCCUGUUCGAGGAGGCCAAGGUCGCGACCCAGGCUGGCGCUGGUGACACCGUUGCGGGCGAGAGCACACUCCGCCGUCCGAGUGUUGCCGCCCGCGAGUUCAACGACAAGUCUACGCGGGAGCACGUUGAGCGCACGGAGAUUGUCUAG